CUGUGCAAAUCCAGUAAAUCAUGAUUAAGGUAACAAGGGGUGCAUUGCAAAGCUAGAGCCAGUCUCUUCAUUUUAAAGUGAAGUUUAGCGUUUUUACUCCUAUUGGUAUUAUUUUGUGCUUGUUUACCCCGAACUGCAUCCACCACCAUUGUUUGAUCAGUACAUUUUUAUAGUCUGCUUUCCUUUCAUUUCCAGUUGAGAUUUUAAGACGGCUUCUGGCCUUUUAAAAAGUUCAUUUUUUAAUCGAGAUAAUAAUUAUCCUUCCUGAACAUCUGUGCUACCAAAUUGGCAAUUACCACCGGCAAUUGAGCCCUGAGAAGACUGCCAAAAAAAAAAGCCUCUCCCACGCAGAUUGGCUGCGCGACCAUCUGGCCGAGGAAGGCGGAGUCAAACCGAGCGUAACUCUGCCGGACCGGGAAUGGAGAAGCCGCUGCGCCCAGGGGUCGGAGUUGGAGUGGUGAUCACCAGCCACAGGCACCCUGGUUGCAUCCUAGUAGGCAAGCGGAGAAGUGUCGUCGGGAGCGGUUUCUUCCAGCUUCCCGGAGGACACUUAGAGUUUGGUGAAAGUUUGGUAGAAUGUGCAGAGAGAGAAACUUUAGAAGAAACUGCUUUGCAUCUAACAAAUGUGCAGUUUGCUUCAGUUGUAAAUGCUGCCAGUUUAAAGGACAAUUACCAUUAUGUCACCAUCCUAAUGAAAGGAGGCGUUGAUAUGAAUCGUGAAUCUGAACCAAAGAAUCUGGAACCUGAUAAAAAUGAAAAUUGGAAAUGGGUAAAAUGGGAUGAGUUUCCACCAGCGGAUAAACUCUUCUGGCCUCUACGCUGCUUAAGAGAACAAAAUUAUAAUCCUUUCAAAGAAGAAUUAAAUCACCUGAUUGGGUACACUGGAAAUCUAUAAAAGUUAUAUUUUGACACACAACUUCACAUAUUUUUUCUUUACAACGUAUUUUAAUACAGUGAUGUAUCCUAGUAUACAGGGCUUAAUGCAUGCUUGUGAUACUUAUGGUUUUGUUAUUGGUCAAAGCAGCUGCAAUAAUGCAUCCUAUAUUUUAUGUUACUUUGCUCUGUAAAAAAAGAUAAAAAUGUUUAUAGUUGCUCCCAUAAUUGAUAUGAUCCAAUUAAUCACAAAUGGUGAUAAACUCUCCCCAUUCUAAUCCAUUUGCUCUCUGACUUAGGAGAACCACCAAUGGAAAGAAGAAAAAUUACUACCAGUAGUGUGCAAGCUUUUUUUAUCAAGAAAACCUGUGAAACUUUUCCAAUGGGAAAAAACUUUAACAUGUUUUUAUGCAACUAUAUAACCCACAUUGUUUUUAGUUUUUCACUAGUUAUUUUUGCAUGAUACGCUGAACCAAAAUUUGUUCAGCCACAUUAGUUCAAUGUAUUGUAUAAACUUUGCCUCUAUGGUUAACUGAGUAAACCAGGAACUAUGAAAAUCCAUUUCAAGUCCUUUAAUUUUUUAGAAAAAUUCUUUUUAAACAAAAAGCCUUCAAUUUGAAAGAAAAAAGAGAAGUUAGCAUAGGCCAGAUCCAAGAGGAAAGUGUUGGGUGACUGCUGUGCUGUUUUAAAAUUGACAGUAUUUUAGCAAGGAAUCCCAGCAGAUAAGAUAAAACAGCAGAGUGAAAAAAACCAUCCUGACUAUCUGGAACAGUCAGGAAUAUGUGCCCAAAUAUAACAAGUGAAAUCUUAAUUCAAACAGGCAGGCUGAGUUCAGAGAGUAUAUCAAUGUAAUUUUGGCUUAAUAUAGGGAACCAACCAAUUCUGAUUUAAUCGGUAAAUGAGAUUUUAAGAAAAACAUUUCCAAGAUGUUUAAAUCCAUUCAUAUUACUUAGGUUUUCUUAAAAUUUACCUCUUCCUCUAGUUCAUUGGGAAGGCCAAGUCCCCACUGCUCCUACUGAAAAGCCAGCCCUUUCUUCAUCAUAUUCUUUCUCUCCAUGGCUGUCCUUAGCUUCUAUCACUGAUGUUUUCCUUUGCCUUCCCUGGCUUCUGAUGAUCUGACACCAUUUCUCUCUCCCUUUGACCCCCACUUGCCUUCCCCUUCACCAUCAUCUUGAAUUCAUUGUCUCUGUCCUCCAAGUUUGAGAACCAAAGUUACCUUCUGUACACGCACUGAUUGCCAAACUUAGGGCAUGUUUAAUGGGCCUAGAUUACUGUUAAAAAUUCAGGUUGUCUGCACUUUAACAGUCAUCAUUGGGACCAGCAAAUCCAUGAUUCAGAAAGUCAUUACAUGACCUUAUGGCCUCACCUUCACAUUUAUUAAACAAGAUAUGGUGUAACCACAAUACAUUCAGUAUUUUAGUGAAAACGUACUAUUUUAUAUGUAAAAGCUUUUAUUCACUACUUAUACAACCUGAUUGUUAAUGAAUCCUAUUAGCAAAAUUCAUACAAAACUAU